AAAAAAAAAAACAACUGUGGGAUUUAUUUAACAUGAUCUUGGCAAACGCCUUCUGCCUCUUCUUCUUUUUAGACGAGACCCUCCGCUCUUUGGCCAGCCCUUCCUCCCCGCAGGGCCCCGAGCUCCACGGCUGGCGCCCCCCAGUGGACUGUGUCCGGGCCAAUGAGCUGUGCGCGGCCGAAUCCAACUGCAGCUCCCGCUACCGCACGCUGCGCCAGUGCCUGGCCGGCCGGGACCGCAACACCAUGCUGGCCAACAAGGAGUGCCAGGCGGCCCUGGAGGUGCUGCAGGAGAGCCCGCUGUACGACUGCCGCUGCAAGCGGGGCAUGAAGAAGGAGCUGCAGUGCUUGCAGAUCUACUGGAGCAUCCACCUGGGGCUGACCGAGGGUGAAGAGUUUUAUGAAGCCUCACCCUACGAGCCAGUGACCGCCCGCCUCUCGGACAUCUUCAGGCUUGCUUCAAUCUUCUCAGGGACAGGGGCAGACCCGGCAGUCAGCGCCAAGAGCAACCACUGCCUGGAUGCCGCCAAAGCCUGCAACCUGAACGACAACUGCAAGAAGCUGCGCUCCUCCUACAUCUCCAUCUGCAACCGCGAGAUCUCGCCCACUGAGCGCUGCAACCGCCGCAAGUGCCACAAGGCCCUGCGCCAGUUCUUUGACCGCGUGCCCGGCGAGUACACCUACCGCAUGCUCUUCUGCUCCUGCCAGGACCAGGCGUGCGCCGAGCGCCGCCGCCAGACCAUCCUGCCCAGCUGCUCCUACGAGGACAAGGAGAAGCCCAACUGCCUGGACCUCCGCAGCCUGUGCCGGACGGACCACCUCUGCAGGUCCCGGCUGGCGGACUUCCAUGCCAACUGUCGUGCCUCCUACCAGACGCUCACCGGCUGCCCCACCGACAAUUACCAGGCGUGUCUGGGCUCCUACGCUGGCAUGAUCGGGUUCGAUAUAACACCCAACUACGUGGACUCCAGCCCCACUGGCAUCGUGGUGUCCCCCUGGUGCAGUUGUCGUGGGAGCGGAAACAUGGAGGAGGAGUGUGAGAAGUUCCUGAGGGACUUCACCGAGAACCCGUGCCUCCGGAACGCCAUCCAGGCCUUUGGCAAUGGCACAGAUAUGAACCUGUCCCCUAAAAACCCCUCAUUCCAGGCCACGCAGGCCCCUCGGGUAGAGAAAACGCCUUCUUUGCCAGAUGACCUCAGUGAUAGCACCAGCCUGGGGACCAGUGUCAUCACAACCUGCACAUCUGUCCAGGAGCAGGGGCUGAAGGCCAAUAACUCCAAAGAGUUAAGCAUGUGCUUCACAGAGCUCACGACCAAUAUCAUCCCAGGGAGUAAAAGGGUGGUCAAACCUAACUCAGGCCCCCGCAGAGCCAGACCAUCGGCUGCCUUGACCGCUGUCUCCUUCCUGAUGCUGAAGCUGGCCUUGUAGGCUCUGGGAAUCGCAUUGGGAGAUUUCCGAAAGCUACACGGACGAGAACACCCGCCUGACAAAAUGGAAACACACACAGACACACACACACCUUGCAAAAAAAAAAAUGUCUUUUCCCACCUUGUCUCUGAACCUGUCUCCUCCCAGGUUUCUUCUCUGGAGAAGUUUUUCUAAACCAAACAGACAAGCAGGCGGGCAGCCUAAGAGCUGGCCCAGAGGUCCCCUGGCAGGGGAAACCCAGUGCUGACGAGGGCACAAGGGUCUAGAGAUGCCCUUCACUUUCUUCUGGUGUUUUCCUCUCUGGACCCUGCUGACAUGAGAGACCAGGAUGACAUCCCCACUGCCUAAGGGACACGGGCUGGGGCAGGAUGGCUGCCGCUCUUCUCAAGCUCCCCACUCUGGGGACCUGCCGGGGGCUGGCGGGGGGCGUCGGGCAGCAGAGCAGCGAGGCUGCCCCCCCCCGGAGUCCAGCUGGGUACCUUCAGCACCUCCAGGUGGCUUCAAGGAUGGAGGUUAUUUUGCCUCCCUUCUCUGAGGGCUGGAUCUGACCUGUGGAGGUUGUGGUGCUGAGCCCCCUUGACCUCCACUGUAGCACAGAGUGGGAGGCUGGGCAGUUCCAGGGGGCUUGGGAGCCCAGCCUGCCUGGGAGAUCCCAUUGGGGGUUGGGAGCAAAACUUGGAUACCACCUCAAGGCUGAUUCUUCCUGCUUGGUGGCAGGAGUUUUGAAAUCAAAGAGAAAUGAUUUUUUGUCCACUCCCUUGGUUUCUCUUGGGUCCAUUUGGUGGGUCUCCCUUGGGAAGGAGGGGCUGGUGCCGAGAGGGACAGAGAAGAUCACGGUGGCCCGUCUACCUGCACCACACUCUGGUCUCUGCGGCUCUCUCCAAUUCUUUUCUCUCUGCCUCGCUCUUCUGUUUCCUCAUUUCCGAGACGUACGCACACUGUAUGUACAUAACACGGCUCCUUUCGCAACAUAUAUGUAUAUACACAUCCGUAUACAUAUAUUGUGUGGUU